AUUCUAAAUAUGAAUGGAUGUAAAAUCUUAUUUUAAUAUUGUGUAGUGGUGGUGGUUUAUAUGAUGAAGAAGGUAAUCAGUUCAAAAUUGGAUAAUGGAUUGAGUUAAGUGAUGAGUUUGACUACAGAUAAACUUUAUUAAACUUGAAGGG